AGUUCCUAAUUUGUUUAGAAAAAAAAUUGUAGUUUUCUUUAUUUCGGAAAUGUUGUCGAUGACCAGUUUGCUUUCUCAGCCACAGUUUUCUCAUUUAACAGCCACAUGGAGUUAUUUUAGAACUAUUAUCUCUGCCAGUCGACUCCCGAAGUCGAAUUUCUCUAAGCUAAGUCCUUCAAACCGUAAAGGUUCUUACACUUUAAGACCGCUUUUCCUUCGAAGAGAUAGAAAUAUUUCGUUGGGAAACAAGCUAAACGAUAAAUUCUCAGAAAAAGGCCGAGGCGAUGAGCUCAAUUACUUCCUCAAGCUGGCUAGAGAACAGCUCUCAAAAAUGAGGGCUGAUCGUAUUAGCGAAAUCUCCCAGGAUAUCGAACAUUUGAAUGAGGAGAUCAAUAAAUUGGAGAAAAACAGCAACGAAAAAUCAAAGGAGUUGAGAGACAAGCUCUUACAGGAUAUCCAAGAUCUGAAAGGACUGCUGGAACAAUUCAAAAAAAGCCUCGAACAUGACAAGGAGGGCAAGUAAAAGCUGUCAUUUUUCAGGCUGGAAUAUUGGAUUUCAA